GGAUUUCGAUUGAUUGAUAUUGAUAAAAGACUAUAGGAUGAAGAGAUAGUAUUUGGCUUAGCUUUUAUUUUGGACCUCAACUUUAAUUUUCUUGAGAAAACUACCUACGACCAAACCUUGUAAAACCACCCACCAUCCUCCAUGUCAGCUCAACCACCAAAAUCAAUCCAUAAUUCUCAACUCAAACCCGUUUCCCCGCGCUUUCCACUUUCCGCCACCUCCUCCGCUGCCCACCGUCACGUCGCCAUUGCCGUUGACCUAAGCGACGAGAGUGCUUACGCCGUAAAAUGGGCCGUAAAGAACUACCUCCGCCCAGGAGAUGCCGUCAUUCUCCUCCACGUCCGACCAACUUCCGUCCUCUACGGCGCAGACUGGGGCUUCUCCCCAACUAACCAGCAACUAAAAAUCGAACAAGAUUAUGAUAAUUUAACCAACACGAAAGCUACCCAAUUGGCAUUACCUCUAGUGGAAGCUAACGUGCCGUACAAAAUCCACAUAGUGAAAGACCGUGAUAUGAAAGAAAGGCUUUGUUUGGAAGUGGAGAGGCUGGGAUUGAGUGCUAUGAUUAUGGGAAGCAGAGGAUUUGGGGCGACGAGUAGUGGAUUUAUAAUUAGUAAAGGGAAACUUGGGAGUGUUAGCGAUUAUUGCGUUCACCAUUGUAUUUGUCCAGUGGUUGUAGUUAGGUACCCGCAAGAAGAUGGCGACGGAGGAGUGGAGAAGAAGGCGGUGGUUGAGGCUGAGCUGCCACCUGUGCCGGAGGAGGAGGUAGAAUAUCAUGAUGCUGAUGAUGAGUUAACUAAGGGUGAUUGAUAUAUUGCUGUGAAGUAGAUGGUUAUCUUGGAGUCUGGUAUUUUACUGCUUAAAUUGCAAAAAAAAAAAA